AAAUCAGAACCCUGCGUGUAAAUGUCGGAAGUAUACAAACCUUUGGUCGUAUUUUUCUUUAGAAGUCACGAGUUUAAUGAUUCAUACGCGUUGUAUCGUUCAUUGACUUGUAAAUCAGUUAUUACCCCGUGAUUUAAAUUGCACAAUUUUGUGCCACACGUAAAUUAGCAUAACGUUUUAUUAAAUUACAGUAUAAUGGCCAAAAGUUAUUCAAUUCAAAAUGUUGCUGAUUUAGUUUCAGAGGCGCGUCGCGUGUACCGAGAACGAUUUGACGGUGAUGCGGAUGUUGCUGUGUGCGCACCAGGACGCGUGAAUUUAAUCGGAGAGCACACAGAUUAUAAUGAAGGAUUUGUCCUCCCGAUGGCUUUGCCGAUGGUGACCAUUAUGGUGGGCAGCAAAAUAUCUGGCCAAAACUGCUGUGUUGUAACUUUGACUGAAGCUGCUGAUGAGCCAAGGGUUGUGGACUUUCAUCUCCCAACUGAAACGACCCCUCUUUCAAGAGGGCAGCCGAACUGGGCCAAUUAUGUAAAGGGAGUUGUACAGCACUACAGAGCACGUCCCAUUCCUGGCUUUAGAGCUGUAAUAGCCAGUAGUGUGCCACUAGGGGGUGGGCUCUCCAGUUCGGCUUCACUUGAAGUGGCAGUGUAUACCUUUCUGCAGCAGUUGUGUCCAGAUGAUGGAAAUCAAGUCGCCAAAGCAAUCGCCUGUCAACAGGCUGAACACACCCAUGCUGCUGUGCCCUGUGGCAUUAUGGACCAAUUUGUGUCUGUUCUGGGUAAAGAGGGUCAUGCAUUACUCAUCGACUGCAGAUCUUUGGAAGCAACCCGUGUCCCUUUGACUGACCCUGGACUUGUAAUUCUGAUCACAAAUUCCAACGUCAGGCACUCGCUCACAGGCAGCGAGUAUCCCACCAGACGAAAGCAAUGUGAGGAGGCAGCUGCCAUUUUGGGCAAGAGCAGUCUGAGGGAUGCGACUCUGCAAGAUCUGGAGACUUCUAAGGAUCGAUUGGACAGCGUCACAUACCGGAGGGCACGGCACGUGAUUGAGGAGAUCGAGCGCACUUCACAAGCUGCGGAGGAGCUCAAAAGAGGAGAUUACAAAAAGUUUGGGAAGUUAAUGGUGGACAGCCACAAUUCUCUUAGGGAUAAUUAUGAGGUCAGUUGUCCAGAGCUGGAUGAAUUGGUGUCAGCAGCACUGGAGGUGGAUGGAGUGUUUGGGAGUCGGAUGACGGGAGGAGGCUUUGGUGGAUGCACGGUUACUUUGCUACAGGCAGAUGCCACAGAGAGAGCAAUGAAACACAUUCAGGAGAAAUAUCAUGGAUCCCCAACUUUCUACAUAACUACACCAUCAGAUGGAGCACGUGCUCUCAGUUUAUGAUUUUUUAAACUGGUGCUGAAAUUAAAGUUCAUUGAAUUAGAA